AUGUUAGAGAAGUUGCUUGUUGGGAGUUCUGGCAGUGAUCCAUUCUCUGUGAUCAUCGUAGACCCUCGAACUGGUGUCGCUUCAUGGAGUUAUAAAGGUUCAGAAUUGCAAGGAGCUGCUGUUGGUCUUGUAGAACCCUUAGGUGUUAGCGGUGAUCAUCUUGUUGUUUCCAUCAAGGAUAGACCUCUUAUUCAUGCUUUGGCCGUUCAUCCUCGUGACCGAUACCACCAGAAAUCCGUAGUGAGCGGUGUGGUGGCCGCUUUUUGUACAAACAAAGAUGGCUCUUUGUUGUUUGCUGCUGUAGGAACCCAGCUGUUUAUAUGGCUUUUGUCCAGCGGAGAGCUUUUGGCAGCAGUGGAUAUCCAUUAUCAACGGAUAACACGGAUAGCAUUAUCAGCAGACGAAUCUGUAUUGUUCACAGCUUCAGCAGAUGGAAACAUUAGUUGCUACUUGAUUUCCGACAUAACUUCUCAGGAUCGAAAUCCGAGUAUUGAGCCAUUACGAAAGUGGAGAGCUCAUACUUUACCAGUGCGAGGCCUUUCAGUCAGUCAUGGAUCAAAUCCACGUGUUGCUAGUUGUGGUUUGGAUCACGUAGCCCUUAUCCAUUCUGUGUCGCUUGAUGAAGUUCUAUUUAAAGUUUCCGCAGAUCGUCCUCUAACUGCUUGCGUCCUGGAUCCGGCCGAAUCGAGGUUAUUUCUGGGCUGCGACACAGGAAAUAUUGCUCAGAUAAAUCUUUAUGCCGUAGAUGAUCAGCGUGAAACUCUUGUACAAGUUACUGAUGAGAAGAAUGAGAAAGUGCCGAUAUUCAACGGUCACUGCGAUGAAAUAACGGCGUUGUCGGUUAAUGGUGACGGAUCUUUAUUGGCAUCUGGUGAUUCUGCAGGGAAAUACUGUAUAUGGGAAAUUGUUAGUCGACAAUGUCUGAAGGUAUCAUCUAUGCGUAGCCCGAUUUCUUCACUUCGAUUUAUUCCGAACUGGCCAAGUAUUUCCGCCUCCGAACACAUGUCUACACAUCCUUGCUUUGAUUUGCAACGUAAUACGUGUAAAGGUGAAAAGAUAUGGAUGAGACCUCAUGAUGGGAAGUAUGCUAAUAAGGAUUUCUGGCAUGACGAGGUGGACCAUCUUUUAUCGAGUUUAAUGCAGGAAUCUGAAGAGAAUGCACAAAAAACCCACAAAAAGGAGAAGGCGAAAUUGAAGAAGAAAAAGAAGUUGCAAAAGUCGGAAGAAGAUGAAGAUCCUGAUAUAGUUGUGUUGGAUGAGGAUGCUAUUGAAAUUGUGGAUGAGUCACGUGAAGUUUCAAACGGGACUACAUCCAAGGAGGACAGAGCAUUAAUAGAAAAACAACAAAAGGAAAUCCAAAAAUUGAAAAGAAUUAAUGCUGAGUUGUAUAGUUUUAUGGCUAAAGAAUUGACAGAUAGGUGA